AUGGGUAAACAUAUUGAACAACGACAUGACAGCCUUCCUGACAAGGAAGAAGAGAUUCAGAUUCUUCAAACCAAUGAAGAUACGCAAUCGUGCAGGUCAAGGAAAUCAUCUAGUAAAAGCAACUGUUUCGUAAGACAACAACUCAAGAUUGACGCCGAGAUAAAGAAGCGGAAACUGGCGCAAGAGAUUGUGGAUUUAGAAUUGGCGAUGCAGGUCUCCAAGUUAGAACAAGAAGAGGUCGACGGGAAUUCUGAAUCAGUAGACAGUGGGUCAGAAAGUAAUAGGUCAUUUGUCGUAGAGAUGCUUCACCUGCAAAGGAUUUGUCAUCUGAGACAAGCAAUGCCAAAAGAUUUGCCAAUAUUUAAUGGUGAUCCCACAGAGUGGCCCAAUUUCAUAUUUCAGUAUGAAAAUUCGACAGGUAUUUGUGGUUACACAAAAGAAGAGAAUCAAUGUAGAUUACAAAAAUGCCUGAAAGGUAAUGCUAGAACGAUUGUUGAGAGUCUCCUUAUAUUGCCAAGGAAUGCGGAUAAAAUCAUUGAUAUGUUAAGGAAAAGAUUUGGUCGUCCUGAAUUAAUAGUCUUUAUGCUCUUAGAUAGAAUAAGGAACUUUCCCGUAGUGAAAGAAGAUAAACUUGAUAUGUUCAUUAAUUUUUCUGACAACGUCAAAAAUGUAAUAGGUACCAUGAAAACUCUAAAUCAAGAGGAUCAUUUGCGAAAUCCAAUUCUACUUAAUAAAUUACCAACCUCACAGAAGUUGCGUUGGCUGGAAUAUAUUUCUAGAAAAACGGUUCAACAACCUAAACUGAUAGAAUUCAGUGCGUGGUUAGAUCAUAGGGCUUCGAUUGUUAGUCAAAUUGAAAUGCCAAAACUGUCAGAUACGGUAGCUAAUGUAACUAGGGAUAAACAAAAACACAAUAGGAGAGAUGUUACUCUGACCACAAACAAUAGUAGAACAACAAACCCUAAAUGUGCUUGUUGUGGAAAUGAGUUUCAUCAUCUUAGUAAUUGUUCAAAAUUCAAAUCUCAAAGCGUUGAUGAUAGAUGGCAUUUAGUCACAUCACAAAGAAUAUGUUUCUCUUGUCUUAUACCUAAUCAUACUUUGAGGACAUGCAAAUCAAUUAUAUGUGGGAAGAAUCAAUGCACAAAGCCUCAUCACGUAUUAUUGCAUGGUUAUCAACAUGAAGUUAAUUAUCAUCGCUUAACAAGUAACAAUGUUUUAUUGAAGAUUAUUCCUAUUAUAAUUAAUACAAAUGGAAAUUAUGUACAUACGCAUGCUUUACUGGAUGAUGCAUCCACAGUUACACUCAUAGAUCAAGACUUAGCUGAUGAACUUCAUAUGGAUGGACCUCAACGUACACUCACCAUUCAGUGGACAAAUAAUCAAGUUCGUCGACAAGACGAUUCAAGAAUAGCAAGUUUCAGUAUCAUCGGACAACAAAAGAAUAAGAAAUAUCAAUUGCGUCGUGUAUGGACUAUGGAAGAAAUGUCCCUACCUACUCAAUCCAUUAAUAGUUCAGAAAUGAUGGAAAGAUUUCCUUACUUAGGUAAUGGGGUUUUGUCUAUGACAAAUGCAAAACCUAAGGUGCUAAUAGGACAGGACAAUUGGCCCCUACUAGUUAACAAAAGGAUUAUUUCUGGACCUUGGAAUGGCCCUGCCUUAAGCAAGACACUGCUGGGAUGGGUACUUCAUGAAAAUGUAAGCCAGACUGCUAACACAUUUUCAAACAAACAUACUACUAGUCACGUAUGUCACAUGAGUAGUGAAGAUAAGGACGACUUGGAUGUUUUACAUGACUUAGUUAAACAACAAUGGCAAAUAGACUCGUCUGGAGUAUUUAAGAUUGAAAAAGCAAUGUCCAAAGAAGACAUAGUCGCUCAGUCUAUAAUGGAUAGAACCAUGACAAGAUCAGGAAGAAGAAUUGAAACCGGACUCCUCUGGAAAGAUGAAAAUGUAGUACUUCCCGAAAGCAAGAAAAAUGCGAUGAGAAGACUUAUUUGCACUGAAAGAAAAAUGGACAAAAAUGAAGAGUAUGGCAGAAGAUAUUGUCAGAAAUUCGAUGAACUGGUGAAAAAGAAGUAUAUACGAAAAUUGAACAACAGUGAGAUAUGUGGAGAUCAAUCCAAAGUCUGGUAUUUACCUCAUUUUGGUAUAAUUAAUCCAAAUAAGCCUGAUAAAUUACGCAUUGUUUUCGAUGCUUCUGCCAAGAGUAAUGGUGUCAGUUUGAACGAUUUUUUAUUGACAGGUCCUGACAAAUAUAACUCUCUCUUUAAUAUACUAAUUAACUUCAGGAUCUGCAGAUAUGUGUUCACAUCUGACAUUAAAGAGAUGUUUUUACAAGUUCGCGUUAAGAAAGACGAUUGUAGUGCACAACGCGUCCUUUUCAGAGAGAUGGAUAGAACGAGAGAACCUGACGUUUAUGAAAUCGAAGUUGUUUUCUUUGGAUCGACUUGUGGUCCUUGCUUAGCUCAGGAAGCUAAGAAUAAGAAUGCGCAAGAGUUUAAACUGACUCAUCCAGAUGCUGUUCACAACAUUAUAGAGAAGCAUAUUACAUGGAUGACUAUUUGGGUGGAGCAGACACAAUUGAAGCAGCCCAUAAAUUAA